AUUGCUAAUAAUUAUGUAUUCGGCCGAUUAGGGUUUCUGCCGGGCCACCUGCGAACGGCAGAGCUGCUGCAGACCUGCUCGGUGGUGAACAUAAGAUGAGGUUCAUUUCUGUCUUCUGCUCUUUCUUCUUGCUCUGUUCUGUUGUUUCUUGUGGUCUGUCUGCGGGUGUCGGAGACGGUGCAGAUGAGUCUGUCGUUCGCCGGGUAUCAAGAGACAAGUCCAUCGACCGGCUCAACCUGAUCUCGGACAUCAUCAUCUGCUCAACCGCCGUCUUUGAGUUCUUCAUCAAGGCAAGACUGCUGCCAUCUUGCUGGGGUCCAUACUGUGAUCAAAGCUCGGCUGGUGCUGCUGAACAAGGCGGUUUAGAAAAAAGUGUGAAGAGUAACUUUGUCAGGAACAGGAACAGCGCUGGCAGCAGCAGCAGUGGUGGUGACCCUUCUCUCGUCGUUCAGUUCACAACGCUGCAAGAAGCACUGAGCCAACUGCAGCAGCCGAUAGCACGUGAAGUACUUACUUAUCUGCCUUACUUCCACGUCAAGAAGUUCCUGGAGCCCACAAGCAUCAGCAUCGGCAGUCUCGAUAUAGUCCUCGCUGCCAGACACCAGCACCAGCACCAGCAGCUCUCGCUCUCCUCCUCCUCCUCGUCCGAGCUUUUUCCAGCAGAAGCCGACCUGACUCCGUUUUUUGACAACAUCCUCCAACUACUCAUGAUGAACUCCAGAACCGAACAUCAUUCGCUAUCUGCUCUGUUGAACACCGAACAAGGCGACGAACUGCUUCACCAUCUCAAGGCACUCGAGCUCGAGCACCCCGGCCAAUUCGAGUUCCACCACGGCCCCAACCACACCACAGUCACAAUCAGACACGCCCGAGUUGAUAUCCUCCGUCUCCUCUCUGUCUGUCGCGAACUGAGCUCAUGAUACUCUCUUCUCCUGUAGCUGUAGAUAAAUAAACAUCCUUAAUCUUUGCGGGGUCCAUCGGGUUAGGGUGCGGAAGUACGGAAGCGCGACCGCUUUUUAUCCGACGAAAGCAACGAAAUUCGUCCCCACAUCCGCCCGCUGCAACUCUGCCUCCUCCGAGUUUUUC